AUGGCGCUUCACACAACCAUCCGUCUCAUGAACCAUCACAUGCUCCCCAAAAGAUCCACGAACCCCCAGCUGGACAGGCACAAACUGGAUCACGAGAUACGUAAUCGGGAGGAGGGGGCACAUACCCUGCAGCUUGCCCUUACGACAGCCCUCAACGCCCUCACGGACCCCACCCCAGCCAACAUCAACUCCACCCUUCUUGACACUUGCCAGAACCACUACCCAUUGGAGAGGAAACCCAACCCUCCAUCCAACCCCAUUGUGCAGCACUUAUGGCAGAAGCGAAGGGAGGCCGAGUACGUCACCGUACGGCCCCCAGGGGAGCCGGAAAGGGAAAACCUGGAAAACAACCCCUGGUGGUACUUCCAAUCCAGACUCUUUCGGGGAUGGAAAGCUACGGUUGCCCUGCGGAAGCAAGUCAAAAUUGCUGAGAAACAAUGCAAGGAAAAGAAGCGCGAAGACAUCCUCCAACUACUUCAAAAGGCUGAGCAGGCAGCUGAUAACGGGGACCAACGAACCGUGUAUCAGGUUGUUCGGAGAUUAGCACCCUGGCAACCUAGACAACGGGUCAUGAUUAAGGACCCAAGCGGCCGACUCCUCACUCUCCAACAGGAGCACGAAGCCCUGGUGAGCUAUAGCGAAGAUCUUUUCGCUCCGGACACAGAGCAGCCGGCUAGGGAGGAGCAAGGUCUUAACUUGGUUUUCACGGUUGAGGAAAUUGAAUCGCAGCUGAAGUCCAUCAAGAUUGGGAAAGCCGUCCCUCCAGGAGUAGCUCCUGCUUCUGCAUGGCGAUUAGCGGCCCCACAGGUUGCGAGGCUGCUGAAGAUGGCAUUUGACCAGCAUUCUCACCAACCAGGGAUCACACUCCCUCUUCAGUGGACCGACGCAUGGAUAGUCUGGCUCCCAAAGCCGGGCAAAGACCCAUGCGAGCCCUCAUCGCUCAGGCCAAUAGGCCUCAUGUCUCCUGAUGCCAAAGCCCUUGCAGGGCUUCUCAAAAUCAGACUCUAUGAGCUGAUUCGGCCCCAGCUGCGCAGGGUGCCGCAGUUUGCCUAUCAGCCGGGGAGGGAUUUGUACGAUGCCUUGGCUAGAGUGCAGGUGUGGAUUGACAACUUCAAAAGGUGUUACGGACGAGGAAACAGCAGCAAAUUCGCCCAAAGGGACAGGGAGGAAAAUCCGAACAACACAAAACUCUGCGUCGGGGGAGCCAUCCUCAGCCUUGACCUCAAACAGGCCUUUGACAGAGUAAACCGUCAAGCACUAGCCCAGUCGCUUAAAGACCUUGGUGCGGGAGAAAGCAUGACGGCCGAGAUUAUCUCCCUCCUAGACACAUCACGGUAUCACAUUAUCAGUGAUCAGGAACAAAGCACAGUGGGUACAACGCGAGGCAUCCGCCAAGGAUGUAAGAUCGCCCCCAUGCUUUGGGUGGCAAUAUCGACCCUUUUGCUGGAGCGGCUGAGGGAUGCCCUCUCAGGCCCCCACAGACAAGCAACCACUUUUGCCGACGAUACCUUAGUGCAAUGGCUCAUUGAAAACUCCACGGACAUUGCCCAACUUAGCAGUUUCAUCAACAAACUUCUGGGGGUCAUGCAGGACAUGGGGCUUUUGGUUAACCUUACCAAAACAGUCCUGCUCUUGAAAGUUUGCGGACCUGGGGCCAGACGCGCGCUCAAGGACUAUGUAGUGUAUAAGGACGGGAAAAAAUGGUGGCGGGCGCGACACCCUGAUGGGAGCGAGGCGCUAAUCCCCAUUGCCUGCUACACUACAUACCUAGGGACGCACCUUUCCCUCCAAACGGAAGCGCACAAAGUGGUAGGCUACCGUAUUGCUGAAGCUAACAAGAGAACUGGCAAAAUCAAAAAGGCGACCAGGUCCAGGAAAGUCUUCGGCCUAGCGCAUAGAGUACGCAUCUGGCAGGCCUGUGCUGCAUCGAGUGCUACAUUUGGCCUCAUUGCUUUCGCGCCCUCUGCCAAGGCGGUGGCACUCCUCAGGGGUUGGUUCUAUCGUCAACUAAGAGCCGUUGCGGACUCACCUGCCCACAUCUCGCAUGAGACUAACAAGCAACUUCGGCAAAGAUUAGGGGUUCAGGAUCCUAUAGAUGCCACUGUGCAACGGAUUCGGCAUAAACUUGACAAGCUUCGGGUUGCAGAAGCGAGCAUCAUCAACCAGCCACAAACUCUCCAGUAUUGGGAAAGUAUGCUACAGCAAUACCUCAUCUUCCACACAGAUAACAUCGAUGCGGAGCCCGACUCCAGGCUGAUCCCGGUGCCCGCGCAACAAUCGCAGCCGGUGGCCUGCCCAGUCUGCGGAGUGUACUUCCCAUCAAACAAAACAAUGAGACAGCACAGGGGAAGGGUCCACAAGGUGUAUGUGAGCUCGCACCGGCAUGAUGAUGACAUGUAUCAACAACAGGAUCACUCUGCUGGUGGCAUGCCACAGUGCAUUCAUUGUGGUCUUAAGACGGGUUCAUGGGACGCGCUGAGGAAUCACAUCCUCAACAACGUUUGUGGCUGGCAGAUGCCACCCGGCCCCACUCGGGAGGCCGAACAGCAGGACAUCGCUACCCCCCCUAGGGGUCACUCAGAAAGGGAGCCACGCAUACUUGAAGACACCCAUCCCUCGAGCACCAUCGCUCGGCAACAACCGGUACAGCCUGCCCAGGAGGAGCCGACGAUCCCGUUGCUGCGUAGACCUGAAGUGGCGAAGCAACUACUGCAGUCGGACUCUAAGCUGCAGAUCGUCAGAGAUCACGCUAGGAGUCUCAUUCAGCACUGUGGCUUCUGUGGACAGUGGAUUGCUAAGGGAGGCUCGGUUAAGGAGCACAUCAAGAGAAUGCACUCACACAUAUGGCAUGCAAGUAUUGGCAACCUGGACACUGAGUGUGCGCUGUAUAAAUCUCACCUCACCCGUGACAGUGUCUGCGACCUUUGUGAGGUCAUGGUGUACCAACCCGACAGGCACACUCGGAGCUGCACGGUUAUUUUCCAAACAGCCUUAGCCACAGCAUGGCAUAAGGUUGGGGCGCCGGACACGGCCCCCGUCGCCAGGGAUGUGAGAACUUGCAUCACUGAUGAGUUCCUUGCCAGGCAACUCAACCCCGACGUGCACAGGCAGGGAAAAAUGGAGGCAGGAGACAGCGAGGUCAUUGACAUGCUGACACGGCACUGUGGACUUUGCCUUCAGCGAUUGACGAAUCAACAGGACUGGAGGCGACACUGUGCCAACCAGCACAAGGAGGCCUGGAAGCGAGCUGAGGGAUUUGCAGAGUUGGUACACGGUUUGUUCACGCUCAAAAGUGCCUGCCACUCUUGCAAAUCGCAUUUCUGUCGCGCCAUGGACGACCAAGCACUGCAGGAAGUGGCGAACAUGUGGGGGCAGCACAGCCCGAUGGAACUCAUAAUGAGGGACAGGCCGACCGAGGAGGAGAACGGCGAGGGGCGGAGAUUCCGUCGCAGGGAGGGCAAAGGCCCAGGCAAAGCAAAAAGGGAGCCGAUCCCGGCCCCAAACCAGCAGCUGGCAAGGCAAGUGCAAGUUCUAACCAAGUAUGUCAGCCAGCACGCCAUGGCGCUGCAACUGCUGGAGGCCGACAGAAGUUGGGUUCUCUGGAUGGACUCUGGAGCGAUGGGCAUCAUACCUCAGCUGGUCAAGACCACGGCCACCUGGAAGGAGAGCCGAGAGCAGAACAAGUGCACCUGCAGCCUUCGCCAGGCUCUCCUGGGAUCGCUCCUGCUGGAGCUGCAAGCUCGGCUUGCGAAGAUGGAGGGCGACAAGGCGGCACAGGCGCCACUCAUUCAGAGGAAGAUGCUCGUAGCAGAACCAAUGGCGUGGUCGUACACGAGAUGGAAUCCGGACAAGAAACUCCAGGAGCCCAGAGAGGGCAACCCGCUCUCUCAUCAGGAUGCAAAGGAGGCAGUUCAACUGCUGAUGCGAGAGGCCGUCAAGCCCAACGUCAUCCAGCGCUUCCAUGCUCUAGGCGGAGUCAAGGAGGACAGGCCAGGAGCCACGACGUUCGUGCUGACAGUCUCCUGGAUCCGCCCGGAAAGAAGCCACAAGCCACUUCCAGAGGACCUACAGCGGGCCAUCGACGGUGUGUUGCACCGUGAUCUUGCAAAGAACAUUUACCCCGGGAAGCCGCCUCACGGCCCCAACAUCCCCACCAAGCCUAGCGACAGUGGUCCUGGUUCAAGGAGAUCACGGAGCAUAGGGGAAUGGCUGAAGGGGACAGGUCAGCCAGCACAGGGGGCGGACGCUCAAUCCCAUAGCCAGGAGAAAGCAGAGGGCCAGGGGGAAAAAGUCACUGAUGCACCAUGCCCUAUGCAACAUCAGCAGUGUGUGCUUGAAAACCCAUCCAACCUUUGCUACCUCAACUCCAUGAUCCAAGCCCUGCUGCACCUGUUUGGUCAAGUCAGGCCGCCGGACAAAGCGGGCUUUGGAUGUCUACGCCCCAUGCUUAAUGCGCUGACCAAAUGUGUCAAGCCCCAGCAACUAAGCAGGAGAAAGGACUGCAUGCAGCUUCUACAAGGCUGGCGUGACCUCCACCAGCAGCAUGAUGCUGCAGAACUUCUGCAACAUCUAACAAAGGACGGGGUCCCUAGGAUCUUGCUGGGCAGAUGGGAGUCCAGGGUUUCCGGAGUUAGUGAACGGGAGCCGGCCACAGUCCGGGCUUGGAACACGGCGGUGCCUCUGAUCCCUUUGCCAUGCACAGGUCAGACCACGACACAGCUGGCGCUGAACUCCUGGAGCGUACAGCCGGGACCUCGCAACGAGGAAUAUGUGACCGCACUGGCUGACGUUCCCGUGAUACUCAGUCUACAGCUUCUGCGUUUUCAGGAAAAGGGUGGUCGUAUUAAGAAGGUCCGCAGCCCGGUCACCGUCAAUCCAGUCAUCAGAGUUCCCUUUUUCAAAGACGGCAAUACCCAACAACUCAGCACGAGCGAAUACCGGCUCAUCUCUGGUGUUGUACACACAGGGGACACCCCACACACUGGGCACUAUAGAUGCUUCUGUCUCAAACCACAGAGCAGUUCUUCUUCUGAGGUGGAGACGAUUGCUGAGGCCUUUGACAAAGGAGCCGCAACUUCGGCCCUACAGAUGGUAGAUGAUGGUAGGACGCCAUUCAACGCCACGGCUAGGGAUGUACAGCAUAUAAAUCGCAACUGGUACAUACUUUUCUUUUCGCGGCAAUAG